UUGUAGUUUCUGGAAAAAAAUAAACAGCUGAUAUUUCGCAUUGUCAAAACAAAUUUUUUGUAUAUUUUGAUAGUAAGUCAUCCUAUAGGAAUCUAUAGAUUGAAUUCCUUCAAAUCAACUUUAUCCACAAAAAUGUUAUCCUCGAUGCGCUUCCGGGUGCUAUACCGGUUGGUUAUCAAUAUACGGCCGUCUAUCAGAUCCUUAUCCCAAAUAGCCCCAAUAAAAACUAAUCCUCCCAGCAAUGUAGACCAGUAUGAAGUGGAUACUCUAGCGAAGAUGGCCUCAGACUGGUGGGAUCCAACCGGACCUCUGAAGGGACUCCACUCAAUGAAUGCACUGCGAGUGCCACUUAUUCGGGAUGGACUCAUUUCAACUGGCCUUAUCCCAAAAGAGCAGAUCCGUACGCCUCAGGUCCUAUCCGGGAUUAACAUACUAGAAGUUGGUUGCGGAGGAGGGAUUCUUACAGAAGCGUUAGCACGAAUCCGGGCCGAUGUGUGCGGUAUUGAUCCGGGAGAAAAGCUUAUUCAGGUGGCGAAAGAUCAUGCUCAGUUACUGGACCAAAACAUUGCCAGCAAAAUUCAUUAUGAAGUGGAAACAGUGGAAGAGCACUCCAAGAAAAAUGUAGAGAAGUAUGAUGCCAUCGUUGCUUCAGAAGUAUUGGAGCACGUGAGCAAUAAAAUAAUGUUUCUCGAGCAUUGCUUGCUGGCACUCAAACCAGGCGGAUCGAUAUUUAUCACUACACUAAAUAAAACGACCGCUUCUUGGUUGGGCGGAAUUGUUGCUGCAGAAUAUAUUCUGGAUCUUGUCCCAAAGAAUACUCAUGACUGGGAUAAAUUUAUUUCUCCGUUGGACUUGCAACGUGUUUUGAAAACAUACAACUGUAGUACUAUUUUAGUCCAUGGAAUGUGUUUCGAGUUUUGGAGAAACAGUUGGUGUUGGACUGAAAGCACGGAAAUAAAUUAUGCGCUACAAGCGGUUAAACUAAUGGACGAUUCCUAA